UCGGAAGCGUUACCAGAUUUAAUUAAAUAUAAUCUAAAAAACUUCAUUAAAGAAAUAUUUUAUAAAAGAUGUAUCUCAGGCGUUGAGAUAUCUAACAUGAUCGAUUAUACAGAUCUUACACCCAAAGAAAUUGAAGCUACUGUAAAAGAAUCACAAGAAUUUAUAGCAUUUAAUCCAAACACGAAACUUAUUUCAACAAAAGACGAAAAACAAAAAUCAAUUAGUUUACGUUUGAAAAAACUUUAUAUGAAAAUAUUCUCAAAUACAGAGAAUCUUUCUCCAACGGUAAAAAUAAUCCCAUUACGCAAUUUUACCGUCUGCAGGAGAUAUGAUAAACAGAAAAAUAGGAUCUUUUUAUCAAAAAUCUUUCAAGCUGCAUUCAUUCCUCGGGGAUAUUUAAAGAAUAUACAACUUAGUCCACUUGUUCAGAUUGUUAGAAACGAAAAAGAUGAUGAUAUAUUUGAUAAUCCAGCGAUGGAAGCUGCAAUUAAUUAUAAGUGGGUUCCAACAAGAAAUUAUUUCCUUAGAGUUUUUUUUAUAUAUAUUUUAUUCGCAGCUUGUUUUGCUGCGUUGGUAGGAUGUUAUUUAGGUCAUGUUGAAACAACAGGACAUUUACGCAACUUUUUAGUUUUCCUUUUUAUUCUAUUUUAUUAUUCCGGUAUUUACUUAUUCUUGGUAGAAUAUAGGCAGUUUUAACAUCAUGAUUGGAGACAUUAUGUGGAUUUCUUUAAUUUUGUAGAUUUAGCUUCAGUUGUUAUUUCGACAGCUAUGGUAUCAGUUUAUAUUACUCCUAGCUUUAAAUUAACAAAUGCAUUUGCUGAUGUUGUAGCUACAUCAAACAUAACUGCUGG